UCAGAAGGUUAUUCGGUCGUUGUCAGAUUGUGCUGCAAGUGUCAAAUAGUCAUGCAUCAUAUGUUCAGUACGUGGCGAAAUAAGAUUUUAAUAAGUGAUAACUUGAAAUUUUAUUAAAGUAACACAAAGGUUUUUAACUAUAGUGCACGUACUUAAAGUACAAAUUAAUAGCAAAGUAGUUUUAUGUGUGAAAAUUUACAAUGUCUAAAAGAAGUCAACCUAGUUGGUCCCCACCGGUUAAACCCGGGAAGAAGCCGGUUCUAAAGCUAUAUAACAGCUUGACUAGGCAAAAGGAAGAAUUUGUGUGCGACAAUGGCAAUCGAAUUAACUGGUAUAGCUGCGGGCCUACAGUGUACGACGCCUCCCAUAUGGGCCAUGCCAGAUCCUACAUAUCUUUCGAUAUAUUGAGACGAGUUAUGGCCAACUACUUUGGCUAUGACAUACUCUAUGUAAUGAAUAUAACAGAUAUAGAUGACAAAAUCAUAAAGAGAGCGAGACAGCAUCAUUUAUUUGAGAAAUAUGUUGAAGAGAAGAAAAGUCUGAAUUGUAUUAUAGAUGAUGCAACAUCGGUAGUGAAUUACUAUGAAACAAUUGUCAAAGAAGCCACCGACCCUGAUAAAAAGAAUGCCAUGCAAAAGACGUUAGACUGCAUUGCAUCAGCAGUUAAGAACUUAAAAGCAGCUGUGGAAAGCAAUGAUGAUGCAACAAUCACAAAUGCAAAGUGUGAGUUAUUACAAUCAGCCAAGGGUCCAAUAUCGGAAUGGCUAGACAGUCAAUAUGGGGCCACAGUCACAGACAAUGCAAUAUUCACAGCAUUGCCUAGGUAUUGGGAAAAUGAGUUCCAUAAAGAUAUGAAAGCAUUAAAUGUAUUACCGCCAGACGUAUUAACUAGAGUGAGUGAAUAUGUACCACAAAUAAUAAAGUUUAUUGAAAAGAUAAUAGAUAAUGGUCUCGCAUAUGAAUCAAAUGGCUCAGUGUACUUCAGUGUCAGUGACUUUGAUAAGAAUGACAAACACUAUUAUGCAAGAUUAGUGCCCGAAGCUUAUGGUGAUACAAAGUCAUUACAAGAGGGAGAAGGUGAUCUAACAGACGACACGAGCGAGAAACGAUCUCCAAAUGACUUUGCUCUAUGGAAGCGGAGUAAAGCCGGCGAACCUUCAUGGUCGUCGCCCUGGGGAGCGGGCAGGCCGGGCUGGCACAUCGAGUGCUCCGCCAUGGCGUCAGACGUGUUUGGUAGCAAGUUGGACAUACACACAGGGGGCGUUGACCUCAAGUUCCCCCAUCAUGACAACGAGCUUGCUCAAAGUGAGGCUCAUUUCGACCAGCCAGGCUGGGUGAACUACUUCCUCCACACUGGCCACCUCACGAUAGCUGGCUGCAAGAUGUCCAAGUCUCUGAAGAACUUCGUCACGAUAUCGGAAGCGUUGCGCCGUCACACUGCGAGACAGCUCAGGAUUGGGUUCCUCAUGCACGGCUGGAAGGAAACCCUCGACUAUUCGGACAACACCAUGGAUAUGGCGAUACAGUUGGAGAAACUGUUUAAUGAAUUCUUCCUGACGGUCAAAGAUGCAUUGCGUAGUGGUUACGACGAGGGCAGCGGCGGAGUAUGGGACGAGCAGGAACUACAACUGUCCAAUAAACUCUCCGCCGUCAAGGAACAAGUACAUGCCGCGCUCUGCGACAACAUCGACACACGCAGUGCUCUGGACGCUCUCCGUGAGUUAGUGGGCGCGGCGCAUGUAUACCUGCGCCACUCGACGCCGCGCCCCUCCCCGCUGCUGGCCGCCGCCGCGCGGUACGUCACCGACAUACUGCAUGUCUUCGGAGCUGUUGAAGGACCACGAGGAGGCAUCGGCUUCCCUGUGUCGGAUGGAAACAAUGUUUGCUUAGAAGACACAGUGAUGCCGUACCUGGAAGCGUUGAGUAAGUUCCGCAGCAGUGUACGCGACGCGGCGCGCGCUGCGCAGGCGCCGGCCGUGCUCGCACUCUGCGACAGGUUAAGGGACCACGACCUGCCCGAACUGGGCGUCAGGCUGGAGGAUAAGCCGGAUCGCACAGUAGUUAAAUUAGUGAGUAAAGAGGAAAUAAUGAAAGAGCGGGAAGAAAAGGCGAGACUCGAAGCAGAGAAACAAAAGAAGAAGCUAGAGUUACUGGAAGCGCAGCGUGCUAAGGAGGAACUUAAGAAGAUACCCCCCGGGGAACUGUUUAAACGGGAGACAGAUAAAUAUUCCAAGUUUGAUGAUAAAGGUCUUCCAACACAUGACCACGAAGGUAAGGAGCUCAGUAAAGGACUUGUGAAGAAGCUGCAGAAAUUGCAGCAAGCGCAGGAGAAGAAAUACAACGAGUACUUAGCGUCCAUCAACUCUUGCUGACCAAGGGCGUAGCCUUAUAUCAACAACAUAUAUUGUUGUGAAUCUUCGGAGAAUUGUAACAUAACAUAUGUCAUUGCCUGUUAUAAAUUACAUUUUAGAUGUUUCAAACCCAAAAUUGAUUUGAUAAAUUUCUUCAUCAUCGUCGGUCGGAGUUCUUGCAUUGUUAAACAAAGGUCUCCUUUAAAUUUUACGAAAAAGACAUGUAUAUGUCAUAUAUAUGUAUGCACAGUUGUACACAAAUAACUUCCAUCGCUAACAAGUAAAUUCUACUCAUAACAUUAUACACUUAUGGUCAGUGUGGUAUGAUAGUAUUACAUUAGGUCAAUUUAAAAAAAACACAAAUUACUAUUGCCUUUGCUGUACAUACUUUAUAGGAUAAAAUACUCUAAAUUAAAUGAAAAAUAUAAUUAUUGAGUUGGUGUGUCAGUUUCUUUAAAUUAUUUUCGUAUUUGGAACUGGGAUAGGUAAGUUUAGUUGAAUGGUAUAUAAAAUAGUAUUUUGUAUUUUUCGUUCAUGUUCAUAGUAACUUUGUCAUUUUUCUAAACAUUUUUCAUGCAUCAAUGGAAUUGAGUACAUUCCGAGUGAGUGUAUAAAUGAUUCAGUGUUUCAUUAAUUUAUAUUAAAAUUAUGCUUCUAUCGCUUAUUCUUAGUAACAAAUUAUGCUGCGUGGGUUUAGUUAAAUAUGUUUCUUUGUAUGUGUAUCCGAAUUUACUGCGAGUUUUGUGUGAUUGUAAUGAAGGUUUCAUGUUUGCUCACUAGUGGCGCCACUGUCGGAAAUAAUUCUGAAUUUACUACAGCGCUACUAGAGAUAAAUUCAAACGCAGUUACCUUCACAAAAUUAAAUAUAUUAUGCAUUUUUAACAACAAAGAUAAGAUUAUUUUCUUUAAAUGAUUAACAAGAGUUUGUGAAAAUAAUUUAAUCAGUUAAUUUUAAUUGCAUUCAGAAAGAAAGUAUGAAAUGAAAUAGAUACUCGCAAACUCAUGUUGUAAAGCAAUAAUUGUUUCAGUAUUAAAACUUUGUAAAUUAAUACAUACAAUGAAUAUUUAUUUACUUUUUCAUAUUCCGUUGCAUUUUGUUGCAAUAAAAACUUAGCAUUCUUACUA